AUGGCCCCGCCGCAGCUGUCGCCGGAGGAGGAGGAGCAGGAGUGCUCCCGGGCGUUCCAUCUCUCCUACGCCGCCGCCCUUCCCAUGGUUCUCAAGACGGCCAUCGAGCUCGGCCUCCUCGAGAUGCUGGUCGAAGCAGGACCGACGUCUGUGCUGAGCUCUGAGGAGCUCGCGGCCCGCUUGCCGACCACCAACCCGGCGGCGGCGGACAUGGUCGAGCGCAUCCUCCGAUUGCUCGCAGCGAAUGCCAUCGUCGGCUGCGCCACAGACUGUGGCCGCCGGAAGUACUCCGCCGCGCCCAUUUGCAAGUAUUUGGUGCAGAACGACGACGGCGGCACGGUGGCCAAUCUAGUUCUGCUUCAUCAGGAUCAAGUCUUGAUCGACAUGUGGUACGAUAUAUAA